AUAGAAGGGCAGGAUAUGGCAGGAUGACGGAUGUUGCUCUGACAGCGCAGGAUUUUGCUCCUCAGAGAGCUGCCGCGCACGAAAAGGAGCGAGAAAGCCCAGACUCAACAAGAGUGCAACUUGACCGAGCAGCAUCUCCCGCACCGCGGAGACGGUUUCCAAAAUCACUUCGAGGUCGGAAGUUUGUGCCAGCAAAGCGAAUUCCAGAGGAUUGGGAGGAAAUCUUGGCUCUGGUGCCCCCGCCACCGCCACCUCCAGUCACAGGUGGUGUGCGGGUCCAUUCAAUAAAGCCACGAGAUGGCGAAGUCAAUGCCAUUGGCUUGAAGGAGCCAACCCACCGAGCAGAUUGGACCAUCCGUCGGCUUAAGGUUGACCUGAAAACGCUUCAAGUGAAAUACUGGAACGUGUUUGUGCCAGCUGGACAGUAUAUCUCCUCGUCAUAUUUCCAGAUUGGGGAAGAUAUGGCAUCAAUGAGGUUCUGGCCAAAUGGUUACUAUGGAAAAGCGGCCAAAAGAACUCGGACGCGAAUGACCAGUGGACAAGCUGACUCCUGGUGCGCGAUUGGUUUGGUCAUACCUGAGGGAACCAAGCUCAAGUUCCGCUUUCACAUUGGACCGGAGCUCAGAAAGGCUUUCUUGGCGCGUGAGUUCGAUUCCUUGAAUUAA